AUCUUAGGAUUUUCUCUCUGCUUAGCCCCUUUUAUAUUUUAGGGUUUUUUUGUUGCUUCUUCUCAAAAUCAAUCAGAUUCUUCAAUCGAAGACACUCUUUGAUCCAACAUUUAUUGUUGCUUUUCUUUCCCACCGCCAGGGUAUUUCAGGAAUACCGAUAGUUUGAUCGAAGAAUCAAUUAAGGUUUUGAAAAAACCCAUCUUCAUCAUCGUCAUCAAAAUCCAGUGUUACAAUGAGAAUAACAACAACAACAAGAAGAAAAAUGGCUGCACAACAAGAGGUUUCAGAAGCAUCAAAAAGACGAAAAAUGGCUGCACAACAAGAGGUUUCAGAAGCAUCAAAAAGACGAAAAAUGGCUGCACAACAAGAGGUUUCAGAAGCAUCAAAAAGAAGAAAAAUGACGGAAGAAGCAUGUUCAUAUUUACCGGAUGAUUUAUGGGAGUGUGUCUUCAAAUCUCUCAAUGGCGACCACUUGACUUUCAAGUCUCUCUCCGUCGUCUCAAAACAGUUUCUCUACAUCACCAACCGUCUCCGAAGCUCUCUCACAAUCACCGAUCAAACCAUCCCUUUCCUUCCUCGCAUCUUCCAAAGGUUUCCUAACCUCAGAUCACUCGACCUGACUCGCUUAUCUAGAGUAUGUGACCUCGAUGCCCUUCUUAUCCAAAUCUCCACUUUCAACUGUGACCUGCGAGAUUUGUCCUGCAACAGCAUCGCUGCAAAUGGAUUACGAGCUUUGUCCAAAACGAUGAAGAAUUUGACUUCUUUUUCAUGUUCCAGAAUGUAUAAUAUCAACAAGAAAGACCUUUUCUUCAUUGCUGAGUGUUUCCCUUUACUCGAAGAACUCGUUCUCACUAAUCCCUAUGUUUCUAGUUACUAUGAUUUAAUGCUAGAUGAUAAUGAUCCAUUCUUGGCACUUCCCAAACUCCGCAAGCUUGAUUUGUCUGGCAAUUUCAUCAAGGAUCUGGAAUCUAUUAACUAUCACUUAAAGAACUGUCACCUCCUUCAAGAGUUUAUAAUGGUUGACUGUUUUUUUUGGAGACUAAUGAGUAUAUAUCAAUAAUAGCUAGCCAAACUUAUGUAUUGAGUUAUUUCAUGCAAUGUUUUAGUUAUGAAACUGAUGUACAAUACAAGCCGCUGCGAGAAAUGCUCGUCUAUUCGUCUAUUUCAUGUCAUGUGUAGCUCAUCAUCAUUGAAUCAAUGAAUAUUUUUUUUAUCGUUACAAUACUGAUACGCUCGUAUGUAAAUUUUAAUGCUUAAAGUUAAAAAAUUUCAGUUCAUUAAAAGAAAAUUGAGUUUUGAGAUUGUGAAAUAUUGACUUUUGAGAAAAAAAUAAUUAAA